CCACAGAUGGUGACGUCUCCGUGAAGAAGAGAGAUGAACGUCGUCCCCCGCUGGCCGCCGUCCGACCUGCGGAGUUUGUCAAACCAAGUGAGGCUGCUGCAUUAAUUACACUGCGAUGGCGUCAACAGCUUUAAGAUCAGUGUUUAGGACCAAGGUCCCACUUAAAGUUGGCCGUAUGUGCUACUCCUCCUCCUCAGUGCCCACCACCAAGCUGUUCAUUGACGGGAAGUUUGUUGAAUCCAAGACUUCAGAAUGGCUGGAUAUUCACAAUCCCGCGACCAACGAGGUGAUCGCCCGCGUACCCAAAGCCACCCAAGAGGAGAUGACGGCUGCCGUGGACUCGUGCUCCAGAGCCUAUCACUCGUGGUCUGAGACGUCCAUCUUGGCUCGGCAGCAGGUCUUUCUCCGCUAUCAGCAGCUUAUCAAGGACAACAUUAAAGAACUUGCCAAGGCCAUCACAGUGGAACAGGGAAAGACCCUUGCAGAUGCAGAGGGGGAUGUGUUCAGAGGAUUGCAGGUUGUGGAGCACGCCUGCAGCAUCACCUCUCUGAUGCUUGGCGAAACCCUGCCCUCCAUCACCAAGGACAUGGACACCCACACCUACCGCCUGCCCCUCGGGGUGUGCGCCGGCAUUGCCCCCUUCAACUUCCCAGCCAUGAUCCCACUGUGGAUGUUUCCCAUGGGCUUGGUGUGUGGCAACACAUACCUGCUGAAGCCCUCAGAGCGAGUGCCAACUUGUGCCAUGCUGCUGGUCAAGAUGCUGCAGGAUGCUGGUGCUCCAGACGGGACUAUCAAUGUCAUCCACGGGCAACACGCGGCUGUGAAUUUCAUCUGUGACAAUCCAGCCAUCAAGGCCAUCAGCUUUGUCGGCUCAAAUCAAGCUGGGGAGUACAUUUACGAGAGGGGCUCUAAAAAUGGCAAGAGGGUCCAGUCCAACAUGGGAGCCAAGAACCAUGGUGUGGUGAUGCCUGAUGCCAACAAGGAGAACACUCUGAACCAGCUUGUGGGUGCAGCGUUCGGGGCAGCGGGACAGCGCUGCAUGGCUCUUUCCACGGCCAUCCUGGUUGGCGAGGCACGGAGCUGGCUGCCGGAGCUGGUGGAGCGUGCCAAGGCUCUGUGCGUGAAUGCAGGAGACCAGCCCGGUGCAGAUGUGGGGCCUCUGAUCUCUCCCCAGGCCAAGGAGAGAGUCUGCAGUCUGGUCCAGAGUGGUGUGGAUGAGGGAGCCAAGCUGCUCCUGGAUGGCCGAAGUGUCAAGGUUAAGGGCUACGAGAACGGCAACUUUGUGGGUCCCACGAUCAUCGGCAGUGUCACACCAGAGAUGAAGUGCUACACUGAGGAGAUCUUCGGGCCGGUGUUGGUUGUCCUUGAGGCAGACACUCUCGAUGAUGCAAUUAGUUUGGUCAACGGGAACCCCUAUGGCAACGGCACAGCUAUCUUCACCACAAAUGGCGCCACUGCGCGUAAAUACACUCACGAGGUGGACGUGGGCCAGGUCGGAGUCAAUGUUCCCAUCCCUGUUCCACUGCCAAUGUUCUCCUUUACCGGUUCAAGAGGAUCCUUCAGAGGGGACAUGAACUUCUACGGAAAACAAGGCAUCCAGUUCUACACGCAGAUCAAAACUGUAACCUCACAAUGGAAAGCUGAAGAUGCCACCUUGAAAAGUCCUGCAGUUACAAUGCCUACGAUGGGACGCUAAAUACUCCACCUAAGUGCCGCUGUCAUAACCCUGUUCAAAACUCUUCUUCCACACACAAAACUGAUGAAUUAUUUUUCAAUUUGAAUAGUUCAUUAACACAAAAUGCUCCCCCCUUUGAUAGACUUUACAUCAGAUGUGUAUAUAUAUAUAUAUAUAUAUAUAUAUAGAGAUAUUCUGUACAUGUACACCAGUGUGGUCAAGAUUUUAUCAAUGCAAAAGAUCGCUACAGAUAAUGUGUGAUUGGAUCCAUGUCAUUUCCUCAAAUACAUCAUUGUCACGGUUGUCAUGGACACACUGCAUUGUAUUCCAUUAUCCAACAAUUAUUCAGAUGUACAAAAUAUUUGGACAGAUAUGUUUGGGCAAAUGUUCACAUAGUCUGCACUAUGUUGUCAGAAAGAGGUUUUGACUUGAGUGAUGUGAUCUUUUUAAAUAGUCUAUGACAGAA